AUGGCGCAUUCAGGUUUCUGGGAGACGAUGAGCAUCCUCGUCGACAAGGACUGGAAGAGGAUCGCUAUGGAGGAUAUACAGGACUGGCUGGACAAGAUCCUUAUGAGGAAAGAGAAUUAUAUAAUCGAGGACGACGACGUGUCCGUGAUAGCGAAGAGGAGGAGGCUGUCGGUGAGCUCCGAGUACGAGAUCAGGGGUGAUGCUGACAUUAAGAAGUUUCUGAAGCGUUUGAAGUUGCCGAAAAUCGACUGCAAAUUCAGCCAUCCACAGACGAGGUCCCGUCUGGAAAAACUUAUGGGCUCCAAUUUGGUGAGUUUGACGGACCGAACUUACAUGCAGAGACUCCAGGAGCGCAUUUUGGAGGACUAUGCAGAGUCCAUGGACAAGCGGAUCAAAGCUAGAGAGAAUGAAGAGAUGGAAAGGGUGAAGAAUUUGGUUCUAACUGGGAAGAUACCCAUAAACCAAGCUCCCCCAGAGAUGGCGCAACACCCCGUGAUGUUGAUUGAGAACCAGUGUAACAAGAUAAUAGCAGAAAGAAGAGCCAAGAUAAGGAUCCGGAAGGUGAAGAUACCCAUCUACCUGUACUGGGAUGACACUCCAGAUCCUCCAUCCGGUCUGUCGAUAGAGAGAGGUCAUGUCUUCAGGAAGCAAGGCGAGAGGAUGUGCGUACCAUACAACGAGUACCUCCAGUCUUCCGAAGAAGAAGACAUCGAAAGGGGAUACAUGCUGUCUCCUGAAGAAUUCGAUAAGAUCAAGUAUGAGAACCCCAUGGUGAAGGAACUGAUGAACUGUGAGACUGUGGAAGCAAUGUACACUGUCGCAGAAGAAAUCAUUGGCCUCCUGAAGACCAUAGACGAUUCCAAUAGAGUUAGGGACACCUCAACACCAGCUACUAGUUAAGUAAAUAAAGCAGUUAGAAUAGAGCUGUUAUCCCUGAAAUAGCUGUGUACAUAUCUUGGCCUCGAAGACAGUUUUGCCCCUAGAUUGACCCUGCUGUAUAUUGCUGAAUCAUUCAUUCCUAUUUUAUUCCACUUCCUCCAUUUCGUAACAGUAUGACUGACUGCACAAUUGCAUGUAUACAUUUUUUAGUAUAAAUCGUACAAGUGUGUGCUUUACCAUAAAUUCAGAUGUUUGAGAUAGCGUGAUGACCAAAAUUUCUUUUUUGUUUUUUUAAAACAGUCAGGAACUGAGGUCCUGCUCUCCCGAUGACAUACAGGAGUCAAACUAAUGUCAGUAUGUAAGCCAAAAGUGUACAUUUUUUACUGUAUGUAUUUAGAAAAAAUAA